CGUCCUCUCGAUCAUCCCACCCCAACUAUACACAUACGCAAUGGAUUCUUCGUCAGCCAACGUUGAUAUUAAGAAGAAGCAGCAGCAGGAGGCCCCCACGCCCCAGAAUACUCCCAUCUUCUCUGCACCUAUCAACUCCUCGGUCCGCCCCUCAGUUCCCACCGUCGAGGAAGACAUGGAGACCAUCCAGACUCCUGGUUCCUCUCUGUUGGCCAACAACCCUCAGCUCAUGUCCAUGUUGCAGGGCCGUCUCGGCGGAUUGGUCGGCGCUCCUUCAGGCUAUGUCCAGACUCUCCCCGCUGAUGUUCGCCGUCGUGUCAGGGGCUUGAAGUCGCUCCAGAACAAGCAUGCUGUCUUGGAGGCGGAAUUUCAAAACGAGAUCCUCGCCUUGGAGAAGAAGUACCUUGCUCUCUACACCCCUCUUUAUGAGAAGCGUGCUGAGUACAUCAGCGGCAAGACUGAGCCCACUGAUAUCGAGGUCGCCGACGGUGUCAGUGACGACGAGGAUGAGGAGAACAAGGAUGAGGACGAGGAGGAUGAGGACAAGGAUGCCCAGAAAGUCGAAGGUAUUCCCGAGUUCUGGCUCACGGCUUUGAAGUCUCACCCCCAGUUCGCCGACAUCAUCACCGAGAAGGACGAGGAAGCAUUGAAGCAUCUGGUUGACAUUCGCAUGGGCUACUUUGAGAAGCCCGGUUUCCGUCUUGAUUUUGAGUUCUCGCCCAACGAGUUUUUCACGAACACUAUUUUGACGAAGACCUACUAUUACCAGGACGAGCCUGGCUAUGGCGGCGAUUUCGUCUACGAUCAUGCCGAGGGUACCAAGAUUGACUGGAAAGAGGGCAAGGACCUUUCAAUCACUGUCGAGACCAAGAAGCAGCGCCACAAGGGAACCAACAAGACCCGCGUGGUCAAGAAGACUGUUCCUGCAGAGACCUUCUUUUCCUUCUUCACUCCUCCAGUCGCACCUGAGGACGAAGAUGACGAGGACAUUGACGAGGAUGAGGAUCUGGACGAGAAGCUGGAGGCUGACUAUGGUCUCGGUGAGGAAUUCAAGGACUCAAUCAUCCCUCGUGCCGUCGAUUGGUUCACCGGCAAGGCCCUUCAGUACCAGGAUCAUGGAGAUCAGUACGACGAUGAUGACUUUGAGUACGAUGAUGAGGAUGAUGAGGAGGACGAUGAUGAGGAUGAUGACGAAGAGGACGACAACGAGGGUCUCCCUGCCAAGGAUGAGAAGGCCCCCGAGUGCAAGCAACAGUAGAAUCGUUUCCUUUUGAUAACAAGACAGACAACAUUAUUGCAUUGCUUCCACUUUUUUUCUUUCUCCAUAAUUUGUCACCUUUCACCAUUACCUCACAUUUUUCAUUCCCAUUUACAUUUACAAAAUAAAUGACUGUCCAUUCAUCAUA